AGCUGCUAGAAAAAGUUGCGCUCGUGCCGCGCAGGGCGCUACUUGUGGGAUUAUUUUGCACGCAGCCUGACGGCGGAGGCGGACCGCGGUGGGAUGGGCUGUGAGGUGUUCAAGAUGGCGGCGCCCUGUGGAGUGCAGCUACUCUAACAGUGGUGCCUGGAGUCUGUAUCGGUGGGUGGGCCCCGGGAGCCCUCCAGGCGAGCAGGGUUGGACACCGAGAGCGAGACGCUUCCUCCGCCCCCCCCUCCCCCCCCAGCACUGCCACCACCAUGGCCAGGGAGCAGCCCAACGUGGGGGACCUCCUCCCACUGCUGGAGACCUCCGACCUCCACCAGCUAGAAGAGAUCAGAGGCCUUAUCAACGAGCAGCUCAGCACCGAGCGGGGGUCCAUGCUGCUGAACGGGCUGGUGGACUACUUUUUGGAAACCAACUCCGCCCAAGCCAUGCAUAUCCUCUCCUCAGUCAGAGAGCCACACGACAAGCACCUUUUAGACAAGAUGAACGACUGUAUGACCAAACAGCCCUGCCGGCUGCCCACCCUCACUCUCCUCGGCCAUGUAAUCCGCAAGCAGCCGUCCUGGAUCCACAAGAUUGCUCGAUACCCUCUGCUGCUCUCACUGCUCAAGUGUCUCAAGACGGAUACAGACGUAGUCGUGCUCAUAACCGGAGUGCUGGUGCUCAUCACUCUGCUGCCCAUGAUUCCUCAAGCCGGCAAACAACACCUGUGGGAGUACUUUGACAUCUUUGGCCGCCUGGCAUCCUGGAACCUCAAGAACCCGGGUCACGUUUCGGAGGUUUACCUGAUCCACCUGCACGCCAGCGUUUAUUCGCUCUUCCACCGGCUCUACGGCAUGUACCCGUGCAACUUCGUGUCCUACCUGCGCUCCCAUUACAGCAUGAAGGAGAACAUGGAAACCUUUGAAGAAGUAGUAAAGCCAAUGCUUGAACACGUCCGUAUCCACCCAGAACUGGUGACAGGAACCAAGGACCACGAGCUCGACCCCACCAGGUGGAAAAAGUACGAAAUCCACGACAUCGUCAUAGAAUGUGCCAAAGUGUCUCUCGACCCUAAGGAGGCCUCCUGUGAGGAGGGUUACGCCACCAUGCCUGAGAACUUCUACCCCCAAGUCCACCUGCGACCGCAAGACUGCACUUCCAGCCCCUACACAGACCUCCACAGCAGCUAUGGAAGCUCUUCUUCGACCCCGUUCUCCACUCCGCGGCAGCAGCUCCCCCCGCCGCUGUCCUUGCCCCCCUCCUCAGGGACACAGUCCUCCUACCGCAGCCCGCAGACCUCCAGACGGCAGAACUCCACCUGUGAACUCAACUCUUCCUGUGGGGGGAAGGACCCUCUGUGGAGCCCCUCCUCGAUGUGCGGCAUGACCACGCCCCCUUCAUCCAGGGGCAUGUCGCCCAACUCCGAGCUGUUCCACAGUGCCUCACACCUUCCCACCCGCUUCCACUGCACCUCAGGAGGGAAAGGAACGCCCGCUUCAAGCACUCCAGCCACCUCUUCUCCACCCCCCACCUUAUCAGAUGACUUCCCUAUAAUCUCCCUGCCAGCCAACACAGUCCAGUCCAGUCCACCAAGAAAAGACCGUCGACAAGGAGAGAGCGGUAAGCCGGCUCUGGUGAGGCAGGAGCCAGUGAAAGACUCGGAGAAGAGUGCAGAGGUGGCCCCAAACAGAGCAGAUGUAGGAGCAGCAGAGAACAUGUCCAUGACUCUGACAGAGCUGUCGGUCUACAUGAAGAAGCAGGAGAUGGAGCUUCAGCUGAGAACAGAGAAGGAGAAAGAAGAGGCGGCUGCCAUCACGGAGGAGCUGCUGAAGAUCACCGAAGACAAGCAGGAGCUGUCGGGCCUGAGGGGCUUCGACUCCCCCUUCUAUCACACCACCGAGACUCUGACUGGCUGCCAGGCGCAAGACAAGACCCUCUCCAACGCUCAGCCAGGAGGCCCCGUGCGGGACACCCACCACGCCGUUUCAACACCGGACAAAGCCGAGAGCAGUGGCGGUGUGGGCAGCGAGAGAGCCGGAGGAGGAGGAGGAGGAGGAGACAGCCGAGGCUCGGCCCUCGGCCUGGAGCAGCCCUGGUCCUUCCAGUCAGGUUUCACCCCCAUCGAUCACCACCUGCACCGGAGCCCCUCCGCCCCGGAUGACGAGGCGGGCAAGUUCGGCCUGUUCUCGCCCAGUCCGGGCAGCAAGACGCCGGCCUCGGUGCCCUACGAGUCCUUCUUCGACCUGGCGCUCCCGAGGGCGGCGUCGCUCUUCGUGGGCCAGAAAACCUCCGAGGCGGUGCACAAGGCGGCGAUGGAGCGGCUGCUGCAGCGGGAGGAGGGGCUGGAGGACGGCGAGGAGGAGGGAGUCGCAUCCGCUUCACCACUGGAGGUGCUGGAUCGCCUUGUUCAGCAGGGAAGUGAUGCCCACGAUAAAGUACUAAAGAGAUUACCUUUGCCAAGCAAGUCUGCCGACUGGACACACUUUGGAGGCUCGGCUCCGCUGGACGAGCUCCACACGCUGCGCAGCCAGCUGCUCCUGCUGCACAACCAGCUGCUGUACGAGCGCUACAAGAGGGAGCAGCACGCCGUCCGCAACCGCCGCCUCCUCCGGCGCAUCAUCAACGCCACCGCGCUGGAGGAGCAGAACAACGCCAUGAAGGACCAGCUGAACUUGCAGAGCGUGGACAUCUUGUCUCUGAGGGAGAGUCUGCAGGUGGAGCAGCAGCGCUACCGGCAGCUGUGGGACGACCGCGAGACGGUGGUGACCCGGCUGCACAGUCAGAUCAGACAGCUGCAGCAGGGCCGGGACGACUACUACACCAAGAACCAGGAGCUGCAGAGCAAAUUACAGGAGUGCACAAAAAGAAUGGACGAGCUGGAGGCGGAGCUUCAGAGGGCCAACAACAAAGUGUGUCAUACCGGUCACCUCCUCAACCAGAUGAACAUCAAGCUGAGCAACAGCGAGAGCACCCAGCAGCAGAUGAGCUUCCUGAACAAGCAGCUGCUGCUCCUCGGGGAGGCACAUAAGCUGUCCAUGCAGGAGUUACAGCACGCAGGCGCCGACAACACAAAGGAGGCCCAGAUGUUGCAGGUGUCGUACAGGAAAGAGGUGGACGCGCUGAGGCAGAGUCUGCUGGUUCAGGGGCAGAAGCUGGAGGCGGCGCAGCAGAGAGCCGCCGAACUGGAAACACACCUGUCCAAGAAGGAGCACCUCAUCGCCGAGCAGAAGAAGUUCCUCGAGGACGUGAAAUGUCAAGCAAAGGCGGAGCUGCAGGCAUCCGACAGCCGGUAUCAGACUCAGAGGAGAAUCACUCAGCUGCUGCAGACUGAGCUCCUGCAGCUCUACAGCAGAGUGGAGAUGGAGGCGCCAGCCAGCACUGCCACCAGCUCACCACCAGGGGGCAGAGCCGACCUGCACACUUCUGCUGACUCCAGGUUAAUUGUCCUGGUGCCUGAUGGACCAAGUAAAGUUCACGCCAGUGAAGAGACCAACACCAGAACGCCACACGACUCCCCGCGGGGCAACGGCAGCACUUUAUCGCCCGGGCAACCCAAGGCAAACAACUCUUCCAAGCCGAUGGCCAGCUCCAUGAACGGCAGCCAGGAGCCGGCCCCGCCCCUGCUGGUGGAGCCCUCCCUGUCCUGCUCCCGCGCCAACCCGCUGACGCCCCUGCCAGCCUCCGACGCGCCGCUCACCGUGGGCUCGUACCCCAGCGCCAAGAGCUUCCUGGGCAUGAGGGCGCGCGAGCUGUUCCGCAACAAGAGCGAGAGCCAGUGCGACGACGAGCAGCCGCCGCCGCCGCGCCUGUCCGGCCUCGCCCACGACCUGAAGACUGAGCUGUGCGUGGAGGCGCCCUGCCCGGGCGACGCGGCCCCCGGCGCCGACGUCGGCCCCGUGCCUCCCUCUCCUCCCGUUCCGCAGCCCGCAGCCACCGCUGCUCCUCUCACUGUGCCCACCAAGGAGCCCCGCCCCGAGCCCAGGCAGCGGGCGUCCAGCCAGGAAAGCCCCCGCAGGAAGGCGGGGACGGGGCACGGCGGCGGCGGCAGGGGCCAGACGGGGUCCGGUCGCCCACGGCAGCAGCAGCUAAAGAUCAUGGACUACAACGAAACACAUCACGAGCACAGUUAGGGACACAGACCUGGGCCGGAGGGCGACAUAGGACGGAAACGGGACUGAAACUUGCAGAUGGAGCAGAGCUACAAAUAAAGAUAAAGAGCAACAUGUCCGCAACUCUUUGGAAUUCAGUGUUAUUUGUUCCAUUCCCCCGAGAGUCCUCGGAGUGGACAACAGGAUUCUCCCAAAGAUUUUCUAUCUUCUCCUUAUUUCCCGUACGGAUUCAUUCCCCAUGACGAUGUGACCAAGUCAUCGAGUUACCAGCACACCAUCAAAUUGGACGCGAGGGAAAGAUAACGAAAAGCUAUGCCAACACAAUGUCAUAAAGCUAUCCAGAGUUUUAUAUUUAAAGGGUUCGAUUCGCCCAAAAACUUGCACAGUUUCCCCACAAUUUGCCCCGAUUGAGUUUUCCCCACGCAGAGGUGUUGUGGGUUUUAUGAUUUAGUGUGAAGGUGACACGUUGGAGGUGAAAACAGACGUUGAGAUUCCCGUACGCACCAUGUUCACCUUGAAUAAGACCCAGCAGAGAAGGAGCUGUUUGCUUACAUUCACUAUGACUGCCACCCUUUUUUUUUUUUUUUUUUUUUUGUUUUGUUUUUCUUUUCCUCUCACAGUUGAUUAUGUUUGGGAUGUUUCCUUCUUUCGGGGUGUGAUCAUUCCAUAAAAGCGAGAACGCGUCAACGCUGUUUUGUCGAUUCUUGUAUUCCGAGAAAGUAUCACGCCCCCACCCCCCCGAAGAAAAACAAAUCUGAUAACAAAUCAUGUCCUUUUAAGAGUUUCACAUUCCUUACCUUUUAUCUUUUUGAUAGUUGUAGGUACAUAUCACGAAUUGAAAAUCAGACCUACCAGUGGAAAAAAAAUAAGAAUACUAACUUUGAGUUCAGGACUGAGUAUUUUUUAAAGUGCCAAUGCCAAACCAUCGUGUAUCAGAAAUCUCAAGAAGCUGUUGGCGCGGGAAACCGUCCGAUGAGUUGUUUUCCCACUCAGGCAGGUCUGAUAAACACACGGUUACCUCCUCUUUCUUCUCCCGAGCAGGAGACGAAAACUCCGGUGGUGAAAAGUCCUGUUCAAAAUCCUGUUGUCCACCGGGACCUCCCGCUGUCAUCUCCUUCUGCCUCGCUAUCUACAAAGCAUGUUCAACAAUCCACUUUAAAUGCCAACCGUAGUAACUUUCAGCAGACAAAGACAGAAGGUACAAUCAGCACAAACGUGAAGAAAAAAACCAGGACUCUGACCGGAGCUGGAGAAUUCUGGGACAAAAUGGCAAAAAAGGAAGUUCUUAAAGCAGUGGCUUGUGUUUAACUGUGAACAAUAAAGAUCGUCGAUGUUUUGCACUACAA